UUGGAAUUAUGACGUCACUAGAUCUAAAGCAAAAUGGCGACGACCAUGAAAAAUAUUUCUGUGCCCCUGAUAAAUCGGUUAGGCUUAUCAACAGCGAAAACUCUUGUUCCUUUUUACAUACGGCAGUUUAGCUUGACACCACAUCACAGUGUUAAGCGAAUUGAAGUCACAAACAAAGACAAGCAAACUAUUAUUGAAGGCAAGCCAAUAUCUUCAGAUAAGGAUAAAGAGCUUGCUGUGCGAAAGAUUCAGGCACCAACUAAAUGUCCACUUUGUGAAUUUCAAGAUAAAUUAACUUACAGAGAUGUUUUAGUUUUGCAACAGUUUCUAUCACCUGAUGGUCGAAUUUUACCUCGUCAUGUAACUGGUGUAUGUUUCACAAUGCAGUGGAAGUUGCAGAAUAUUUUAUAUCAGUCUUAUUCUGCAGGUCUGUUACCAAACUAUAAACCAAUAUUGCCUGUGCAUGAAAAGCCAUCAGAUUAUGAUAAAAGCUACAAGUGGAGAAAAAAUAAUGUUUAUUAUGAAGAUUUCAGUACAGAAAGUUCUUUAUAACAGGCAGUCUGUUUAUGAAUGCUCAGAAAUAUGAGUUUGUUGUUAUUUAUGAAAGGAUGAAGAUUAAAAAGAAAUGGUCUUUUAUA